AGCGCUGAGCAGAUCGAGCUAUAGGGCUUUGGAGCGCUUCGCUUUGCACAGUCGAGUGAACUGGUGAGGAACGAUACAGUACACUACAGUAGAAAAAUAGUGGGGGAGACGAGAGUAAACAACCACCUUAGACGCAGACAACCAUAACCUUAUCGGCUGCCGUAUAAGGGUAUCUUUGAGUCGCCUGCAGCGCAGAAAGAGCACUCGUAUUUUGAGAAGAAUUUGGCUACAUACCGCGCAGGAGGAUCAUAUCUAGCAAAGGAGCAGCGGUGAGAGAAGCACGAGAUACGGAGACAUGGCUGCGACAACCUGUACACGAUUCACGGACGAAUUUCAGCUAUAUGAAGAGCUGGGAAAGGGAGCCUUUUCAGUGGUGCGCAGAUGUGUCAAGCUGUGUACUGGACAGGAAUAUGCCGCCAAAAUAAUCAACACCAAAAAGCUAUCUGCAAGAGAUCACCAGAAGCUAGAGAGAGAGGCCCGUAUUUGUCGCCUGCUCAAGCACUCCAACAUCGUUCGUCUUCAUGACAGUAUAUCAGAGGAAGGCUUCCACUAUCUCCUAUUUGACUUGGUGACUGGAGGGGAGCUGUUCGAGGACAUCGUAGCCAGAGAGUACUACAGUGAGGCUGAUGCCAGUCAUUGCAUCCAGCAGAUCCUGGAGGCGGUGCUACACUGCCAUCAAAUGGGCGUGGUGCACCGAGACCUGAAGCCAGAGAACCUGCUCCUGGCCAGCAAAUGCAAGAAUGCUGCCGUCAAGCUGGCUGACUUUGGCCUUGCCAUCGAGGUACAGGGGGAUCAGCAAGCCUGGUUUGGAUUUGCUGGCACACCGGGAUACCUGUCCCCUGAGGUUCUGAGAAAGGAGGCAUAUGGCAAACCUGUGGACAUCUGGGCCUGCGGGGUGAUUCUGUAUAUCCUGCUGGUGGGCUACCCUCCCUUCUGGGACGAGGACCAGCACAAACUGUACCAACAGAUAAAAGCAGGGGCAUACGAUUUUCCCUCCCCAGAGUGGGACACAGUCACUCCAGAGGCUAAGAACCUGAUUAACCAGAUGUUGACCAUCAACCCUGCCAAGAGGAUCACUGCCCAGGAGGCCCUCAAACACCCAUGGGUCUGCCAACGUUCUACAGUGGCAUCCAUGAUGCACAGGCAGGAGACCGUGGAGUGCCUGAAGAAAUUCAACGCCAGGAGGAAACUCAAGGGGGCCGUGCUCACGGCUAUGCUGGUUUCACGGAACUUCUCUGUCGGCUGUCGCUCCACCGCUCCAAUCAGCAUCACUGCCGCUGCGGCAGCUGCAUCCGCGGCAGCGGGCUCCACCACUGGGCUGGUGGAACAAGCAGCCAAAAGUUUGCUCAACAAGAAGGCAGAUGUCAAGGAACGUAGGUCCAGCUCCGCUGUGCGGCACAUGCCCCAGACACCACAGACAAACAGCACCAAAAACAGCAUAGUCACCAGCCCUAAAGGAAACGUCCCUACUCCUGUUCUGGAGCCUCAGACCACUGUUAUCCAUAAUCCAGUGGAUGGGACUAAGGAAUCAUCUGACAGCAGCAACACGGUGGAGGACGAAGAUGUCAAAGGGAAGAGUAUAGACAGUUCAGUAAAGACCGAGUCCCAGCCUGACACCUUUGCCCCACAGCCCCAGGUCUCCUCGCCCGCUGUGUACUCCACCAAGCUGUCAGACCUGUUUGGCGUUGUACGCAAGGCAUCAGGGCCCAUGUCUGACGGGGAAGGGGCCACCAGCACACCUCCACCCCCUCUAGCCAACCCCUCUGUCGCCGCCUCCCCACCCAUGGCUCACACCCCCAUGCAGCUGUCCCGUCUUUCAGACCUAGUGAGCAAUGUUCGCGGUCGCCUGCCCCAGCCCCUCCCCCCGUCAAACCUGCGCCCCCGAGGUAGAGGUGGCACCAGCCCCAGGCCCACCCCCUCAUCACACCCCACCUCCCCUCCCUCCAUGUCCCCCUCCAGCCUCUCCCUCACCUCUCAGACACGCAAACAAGAGAUCAUCAAGAUCACUGAACAGCUGAUCGAGGCUGUCAACAAUGGAGACUUUGAGGCAUACGCUAAGAUCUGUGAUCCUGGCCUGACCUCCUUUGAACCUGAGGCCCUGGGAAACCUGGUGGAAGGAAUGGACUUCCACAGAUUCUACUUUGAGAACCUCCUGUCUAAGAACAGUAAGCCUAUCCACACCACAAUCCUGAAUCCCCACGUCCACCUGAUUGGAGAGGACGCUGCCUGCAUCGCCUACAUCCGCCUCACCCAAUUCGUUGAUGGCCAGGGCCAUCCACGCUCCAGCCAAUCAGAGGAGACUAGGGUAUGGCACCGCCGGGAGUCCAAGUGGCAGAACGUUCACUUCCACUGCUCGGGUGCGCCUGCCGCGCCACUCCAGUGAGGAGUAGAAUGCCAUAGCCACAUCUAACAAGAGUGCUCUGCUGGAGAGAGAUAGAGGGAGAGCAAGUCCAGUGUCGGGUGGCUCUGAGUCCGCAGCGCCAGACGCCUCCCACACUAGAUACCUAGCAUGCAUCUCUUCUUUACGACUACCUAUCGCCACCCGCCACUGUAUCCACUGACAACCAUCUCAACAACCAACCAACCAUCCAACAACAAUCUAUUGUUUUUUCCAACAACAACCCCCUUCUCCCCCUCAAGCCCAAACUUUGGAUAAAUUCACGUUUUGCCCCUUUUCUCCAACCCCAACCCCUCCAACCCAACCACUGCCACACCUAUGGCCAAUAUUGGGCUGUGGGUAGGGAGUGUUUCGAGGGGUAUGAUGGGGGGUGUUGGGGUGUUUUCUUGGCCUCAUUGUGCAUUUUGAUUCUUCGUCUUAUGUUACAUGAUGUUCCCUCUUCUUCCUCUUGUGAAUCUUCACUUGUGUUGCGUAACACUACACAGGAAAUACAGUAUGUAAAGUUUUAAGUAAAAUCUAUUAUUAUUAUGAUUAUUACUAUUACACAAUUGAAAUUGUAUAUGUAAUUUGUAUAAUUCAAAUGAUUGAUGCCAGUGGUUUCUAGAGUUGAAGGAAAUCUUUUGUUUUCUCUAUCUUUUUAAGGAAGCAUGUUGUUUUUCAGUAUUCACAGUGGCUGUUUUCUAUUGUGGCUUUUAAGUGACAAAAUGGUAUUGGUCGUUUUUGUAUAAGCUUCUUGUAUUUAAUCUAUUAUAUUAUACUAGACCAAAGCUCAUGUUUAAGAAAAAUAACUUUUGGGAGAAGGGGGGUGUUAGACGUGGUGUGGAGGAAGCGAGUGUGUGAAUGUUAGAAAUGUGUGUGUGUUUCUGUGUGUGCGUGUGUGUGGAACCAAGUACAUGGGAGUAUUAGUCCAUAGGUGGCCGGUUUUAUCAACUGGUUUGAAUUUUCAGCUUUGUAAUGUGAAUAGCUGGAAAUGGGGUUGGCUUGGUUUGGUGUCUUCCGUCGUCCGGUCACAAUCAACUGUACGAAACGAGAUUCAACAGUAACAGAGGCUUUUAUUGUAUUUCACACUAAUCAUGUUUUUGCCUUUUUUGUGUUUAUUAUUAUUAACAUAUCUCAGAGGGUAGACCUACCGGUUCUCUCUUACACUGGUGUUUGCCGUUGGUGUGUGGGAAGGCUCUGUGAUCCCCAGUGCUCCCGGUGGUUCGAUUAGAUAUUGCGGUACACUGCACUGCACCUCCUGCACUGCACUGCACAAACUGCAAAUGAGGCCUCUAUAGAAUUUUACAGCCGCUAGAAAACAAGUAAAUAAACAAUACCAGAGCAGUAUUAUGCUAUAGUGUCCAUACAUAUCAACUUCACUACUUAUUAUUCAACAUCUUAAAACAGUUUUGCAGUCUCUUUAAAACAGUACAGUACCUAUAACACCUCUGACAUCUCAUCUUUCUGUACAGGGAUGCUUUUUGAACCUUUGGUGAGUAGAGAUGAAGCCUUACACACUUAAAUCCUUACUGCGUCCCAAGGUGCCACUGUCCUUUCUCUCACACGUCAACCUUGAGCCAAGUUGCACUCUGAACCUAUAUAAAAUCUGGAAACUACUGAGGUCCUGCGUUGCAUAGAGCCGUGCCUAGGGCUCCAUGCCUGUUUAAUAUGUUUAGUGGGGUUUAAUGGAGAGCUAACAGGGCAGGCUGUUGGAUUGGAGAGAUGUGGGCCUGUGCAGUCUGCGGGUAGCAGGUGUUUUAGUGGUGAGGUCAAGUAAAUGUGUGGGUGUUUACUUUGCGUACACCUUGUCCCUCUGUCCUGUGGUCUCUAGUUGUUGCUGCUCAUUUCAGAGUGGAAGAAUGUGACUGAGGUCUCAGGGUAUCCAGAAGACUGUGUAUAAGGGAAUAGCUCCUGUGUUGGUUUUCCACAUGAUGGAGAUUUGAGAGGAGAGGAGAGGCUUUAUUUCAGCAGUCCUAUCAGUCCUCUACCUUCAGUCCACAACUUACUUUUGUUAUGAUUUUUAUGUAUAUUACAUUUUCACAUUUGUAAUAUCAUCUUCAUUGACUUGUGUUACUAUUGCAUGUUAUUGACUAGUGUUACUACUCAUUGUGUUUUUUUGCCAGUGUGAGAUGGACAGAUGGAUUUACAUGUUUUAGGAAGAGAUGGCUUCACACACCCAUGUAUAUGUAUAUGAAGAAAAAUCAGCUCUGGAGUGUUUGGUAAUGUUGCAGGCCGACUAUAUCACAGUCGUUGCAUUUCAUCAACAAAUGGUUUGCGUGUCACAUCGUGGACUGUGCAGUCGGGUAUCCGGUUACUAUAAUAUAUUAUAGGAUGGGGUUAUCUGAUAUGUUAAAUACCUAUCCAGACGAUGUGAGAUCUGUCAGGUGUCUGCAACAUAUAGUCAGCCAGGAAGUUGAUCGAAGUUUUGCAUUUUGGAUCUAAGUGAGUGUUGUUGUUUUUUUGCCAUUCUACCACCAUAGUUGUUAUGCCUGCUUGUGAUUGGCUGCCUUUGGAAGUGUCUCAUUAUUAUUGGCCUGACAAUUUUGACCAUCUCAAUGAAUAGUGAGGUGGUCAGCCGGUUGGUUAGUCCUCAGGUUUAUAUUUAUUUAUUUAUUUAUUUUAUUGGUCAGUUAUGUGCUUUUUCUUCAAUGUUUUAUUUAGUUUUUCCCUCUAUACAGCUCACGUAAAUGUUAAAUUACUCUCUGUGGCAUUGUGAUUUGGGGCGGCAGGUAGCCUAGUGGUUAGAGCAGGCCAGUAACCAAAAGGUUGCUGGGUUGAAUCCCCGAGCUGACAAGGUAAAAAACUGUCAUUCUGCCCCUGAACAAGGCAGUUAUAACCCACUGUUCCACGGUAGGCCGUCAUUGUAAAUAAGAAUUUGUUCUUAACUGACUUGCCUAAAUAAAGGCUGAAUUUUUUUUAAAUGUAGAGGUCCUCUUCUAAUGUCCCUAGAAGUGUUCCUGAGUGAUUGAGCCAACCAAACAUGUGAACCGACCUCUUCCCCCUCUCCAAACAAAUAAGAAAUAGCAGCAUGUACAAAGCAGCAUGUAUUAGCUAUUAACUAGCAUCUUAGCUGGCAUUUCUUUGCAUGAUAGUCAACAGGACACUAGUUUUGGUGUUAACCCUGAAUUGUCUCCUAAUUUUUCAUUUUCUACUGAACGCUGGUGUACUAAACCUUUCUCAAUCUAUUUUCUGAGCUUUUUAAGUGCAUAAAACUAUUUUUGUCUCGAGACGACAUAGCGAAGAUAGACGAGUGGCUGACUUUGAUAUUGAUGAUUAUGACAAGGAGGAGGAUGAUGAUGAUGAUGAUGAACAUGAACAUGUAAUGAUGAUUCUAUAGCAUGCUUUUAUAUGGAGCUCAGUGUUGUCAAUCCAGAGUGGCUUACUUCUAUACAUACAGCAGAGAGAGGAUCACCUCAAACCAUAAGCAUUUCCAGUGACUCUUGCUCAACUGAACUUGCAUGUGGGACUUGGGGGGAAAUCCUAACUCCCAUUUAAGUACAUUUUUAACAUAGUAUUGCAUUUGAUGUCACUGGUACUGUAGACUAAGUGGACAUUUUACUUACAGGGAAUGCAUAAUCUCAAACAGCAACAAUCAAAUAUAGUAGAACAUGGAGUAGGCCUUGAUAGGCUCAAAGAUGCCCUCUGGUGGUUAAAAUGAGCAUUCAAGGCAUGCACUGCGACGUACUGAAUCCUAGCCACAGCAUACUGCACAAUAUACACACUGGACUAUGUUUCGUUGAGUUAAUUUUUGAAACGUUUUAAACAAUAGGAAUACAAAGUGCACCCAUCCAGUGACUAGACCACCUGUACUGAAAACACUGAGCUAGUAUCUCUGUAGUAUUUAUUUAACUCUUUUCCUAGUCCCUCUGUUUAAAAACUUUAUUCAAUCAUUUCUCUGCAGUUGGGUCUUAGUUUUGUUUUUGUCAGUUUGGGUUUCUUCUGUAGAAUACAUUUAUCCUAUAUUUCUCUGAUUCUUCUGAUUAUUGUGCUACCCCAAUGUGCUACAUGUGUUUCUCAAACUUAAGGAAAUGUGUUAAGGUGUUAUCAAUAAAAUGACAAUUUAAAUAAAAAUAAGUUAAUUAUCA